CAGUGGUCACCAGUGACAGCCCUUGAGCCGGAACCGGAGCCUGCAGACCAUGGUGCAGGAGUCGAUGUGUCACCAACUAGAUAUCAAAAGUAAAAAUGUCUGGGUCUGGAAACUUGUGAUGCUGGGUGGCGUCUCAUGAUGAGGCUACAAACGCUGGCUCAGCAUGACAAGUUUCUGAGCUCCUAGCUGUUGCCUAUUCUGCAUGACAAACUGCGCUUCUGCAUCACAGAAAAACGGAGCUCUUGGGUAACUAACGUGCAUGACAGAUUUAACAGUCAUGCCAGACAAGCAUGACAAACAUGAAUUCUUCCAGACCCAGACAUUUUUGCAUUUGAUACUAGAACACAUCAAACAAGUCCCCACGAGGACACGCGGCUGUUGUUGCCGACAGCAGUAGUUCCUGCUUUGCUGCCAAACAACAAUGUUGAAGAACCUGUAGCACGACAAGAAGAUCAUGAGCCUUUUUCAUCUCGUGGUCGAGAGCAUGUAGUUCAUCUUCCAGUCGAGGAAACUGACGGGCAAACGAGAGCGUUACUAGAGUUUUUAUGUGGUGUAGCAGAACGAGCUGCAGUGGAGGUAUUCUAAGGAAAAAUCCCCCCUCCCCAUAUCGAAGAUUUGUGUUGCUGAUUUGAGGUCACAAAUCACGUCUGUCUCGCAAGAAGACAAGGGGAGAGGCCUCCGCACCAUUAUGGAAGCGAUUUGGCAUGCUGUUGCGCCUAGGGGACGCCUGUUUGCAAUGCUAAGCAACUAGACCUAUACGCCCCUACCUAGGCCGAGGAUCUGGCUGCGAUGCCUUACUGCAAGACAAAUCCGAUUUGUGUACCCAGAUCCUGCAUGACAGAUUUCCAUUUCGAUAUGGGGAGGGGGAGUUUUUCCUUUUGAUAGGAGGAGAGCCACGACCACGAGGAGUCUAUGCAGGAAAAAGUAGAACAAGGACCAGCAUCAAGCGAAGAGAAAGAACUACCACAAGCAGCUGCAGCAGCAAGACCGGCCGCGCAAGAACGUGACGAGAUGAGCAGUAGAACUGCUCACCAGAUGAAAGCAGAAAUUAAUAUACCUCCUCAUGGUGUUGAACAAGACAUCAAUCAGAGCCAUAAUCAACCGUUUCCUUUUUCCCAGGAAAAUAAAAACCCGUUUUACCCCUACAACAGCUACGAUGAAGCGCUCGAGGAUAUCCUGAGUAAAAACGUACCCACACCAUAGUCAAGAUGGGGAAUCGGCUAGACAAAUCCACAAGUUUUGGCUGUUUUGCAUGACAAAUUUGGAUUCGUAGUAUAGUGCUGUUUGAGCUAGCUCAGCAGCAUCACAGAUCUAGCAUACCAUGCUGAUUGGAGCAUGACAAAUUGCAAAACAUGACUAGAAAACGCUUCUCAUGGAGCUCCGCAUGAGAAACAUUUUCAGCAUGCAGAUUUGCAUUACAACUCUGGCGUGGGUACGUUUUUACUCAGGAUAGAGGACGGGUUUUUGGCGAUCACCCGAGAGGUUUUGAACAAUAUCAAAUGCAAAAGUGUCAUCUGGGUCUGGAAGGUUGUGAGACUUGUCAUGCAGAUUUUCCAUGAUCCAUGUCGUCUGGAAUGCAGGACCUAGUAGCGUGACAGAUUCUGUGAAAUCCCUAUCAUGCCUAUCCUGCAUGAGAAACGUCCUCUCAACUUGGUCAAAAGUGGGCACGCUUUGGGGUUGUCCGUCAUCGUGAUAGGGUCAGCAAGUAUGACCAAUAGACCCCAGCUUACGUAAUAGCGCGCAACCGGCCACAAAACUAAGACGCGAGCAAGUUUGUAAGUCUAACCCUUCAAGGCCACGCCGAAGCUCCACCUCGCUCGCGGGCUUGGAUGGUAAGGGGGUUCUGCCACACGUAGCGCCCACGGGUCGUAGUUGCGCGUAAGUAAUCGAUAGCGGUUUUGCGGAUGCGGCCGGGUGGUAGAUAGGACGCGGAGCAAGUAUCCACCUAGGGGUAUCGGCAGAGGCUAAAUCUGUUCUAGCGCCCAGGUAUUAGCAGAGGCUAAAUCUGUUCUAACGCCCACCCGCCAGGAGUCAAAUGGUCACUACUACUACUACUAACUUGGUCAAAAGUGGACAACUUUUGGCAUUCAUGCAACACAGAUUUUUGCACGAUCCAGAAUUGGCAUUACAAGUUGCAUCCUUCCAGACCCAGACAUAUUUGCAUUUGAUAAACAGGCACCAGCGGACAUUUCAGUUUUCG